AUGAAGGAUGCCAACCUGCGAAAAAGUCAUGUUUUAUCAAACAUCGAUGGUGAUCGCUUCGACUUCAUCAUAGUGGGUUGCGGCACAGCAGGGUCUGUGCUGAGCAAUCGUCUGUCUGAGGUGGCAGAUUGGCGUGUGCUGUGCAUUGAGGCUGGAGGGGAUCCUGCCUUGACAAGUGUGAUACCCGGUGCUUGGCCUCUACUGACGCACGGGAAAAUGGAUUGGGAUUACUACUCGGAGGUGGACGGGAGAGCGUCGCAGGCGCAGCGCGGCGGACGCACGACGCACACCGCCGGGAAAGUGCUGGGCGGAUGCUCUUCGAUUGGACAUCUUUUGAACGAGAGGGGGCCUGAAGGUGAUUACGGUGAAUGGGCUGGACGUGACUAUGACUAUGUGCAGAAGUAUUUCAAGAAGGCAGAAAAAAUGCUGGAUAAAAAGAUAAUGUCCGGCCCCACAUCCGAAUACCAUUGCGAUAAAGGAGCUAUCAGUGCGAAACCUCAAGAAAUUAAUAAUCUUUUAAGACAAAAAAAUAAAGUUAUGCUCAAAGCAUACAAAGAAAUUGGCAUGAACAUUCUUAACGAUCCCUUAAUUCCAUUCCCGAACGGCACCAGUGAAGCUUUCUAUAUGAUUACUGACAAAGCAAGCAGAAGAGCUAGUACGGCAGAAGAAUACUUGCUAUCUUGCAAAGACAGGAAGAAUUUAUACAUAUUGAAAGAAGCGCAUGUGACUAAAAUUUUAAUUGAUAAUGGAGAAGCAAAAGGUGUAACCGUAGAUACUAAAUAUGGUAAAAUUAACGUAUAUGCAAAAGAGGUCAUUCUUUCAGCUGGGGUGUUUAAUUCACCAAAGAUAUUGAUGUUAUCCGGUUUAGGACCAAAGCAAGAUUUAGAGGACCUCGGUAUUCCGGUAGUCAAAGACUUACCAGUAGGACACGGGUUUCAGGAUCAAGUAUUUGCCCCUGUAGUGAUAACUGGGCAGACUGAUCUGACAUCUGGCUUGACGACGGGGCUUUCGACGAAUUUAGCUUCCUUCCCGGGAUCGCUAGUCGCCGGUGCAUUUACUUCUUCAUCGGGAGCUUUGGAUCUAGCACACUACAGCUUGCUAUUUGGAUCUUUCACUCCAUUAUUUUUCUAUGUAAUGUUUGUUAAUUUUAACUAUAACUUAGAGGUUACUAAAUCGUUUUACCUUACGCAGCCUGCGAAAGAAAGAAUGCUCAUCCUCGCUACCUUGAAAAAACCAAAAUCUAGAGGUAGAGUAAGUCUCCGAAGCUCUGAUCCUAGAGAUCCGCCUAUGAUUUAUAACAAUUACUUUGCUGAUCAAAGUGACGUUGACCGAAUGGUGGAGGCUGUUAGAAAGGUAGUAAAAGUUAAAGAUACGUCAUACUUUAAGAAAGCGGGAGGUAGACUCGUUAGACCACCGUUACCAGAAUGUGAUAGACUGGCAUUUGACAGUGACGAAUACUGGGCUUGUUACGUCAAGAACCUGGCUGCUACAUUGUACCAUAGCAGCAGCACGUGUGCCAUGGGAGACGUCGUUGAUGAUGGAUUUAAGGUGAAGGAUAUGAAGAACUUGAGAGUGGUAGAUGCGAGUGCGAUGCCGUCUGUACCCGAGUCGGCGACAGUUCUGCCGACAGUGGUGCUCGCUGAGAAGGCGGCUGAUUUGAUUAAAGAAGAAUAUGGGAAGUUUGAGGGAUAUAAAAAGUUUCCCUGUAACGAUUAA